AUGCGAUUCGACAGUAGCGUCUUGCCCGCUUGUGUUUGGUCCCCUCGCGGCUCGCAAAAAGCCGCACACCAAAGGUCACUCUUGCCCAGGGCCACUCCUGCGUGUAGCCGAAGGACGUUCUGGGCAUGCUUCUUCGGCUAUGCGGUCUGCUACUUCACGAGGCAGAGCCUGAACUACACAGCGCCGCACCUCCGGGCGGCCAUGGGCUGGGGCGGGCUCGCGCAGCUGGGGCAGUUGUCCUCCAUUUUCCCGCUGGCGUAUGGGUCGUCACGUUUCCUCGGUGGAGUGCUAGGAGAUUUGAUGAGCCCGAAGCGGGUGUUCGCACUGGGCCUCGGCGUGUGCGGAGCGCUCAACGUGGCGUUUGGGCUGAGCUCCUCGCUGCCCGCCUUCGCGCUGUUCUGGUUCCUGAACGGCUGCUUUCAGGGGCUCAUGGCUCCAGCGUGUGUCAAGAUGAUUACCAACUGGUUUGCCAAAGAAGAGCGCGGUACGUGGUGGUCUGUCUGGCAUGCCUCCAUCAACCUAGGUGGUUUCAUCAUACCAUUCCUCGCUGGAGGGCUGGCCGAGACGUUCGGAUGGCGUUAUGGGAUGCUCGGUCCUGGCUGCGUCGCCACAUGCACCGCCCUCCUGUGCCUGCUGGUCAUGAAGGAUUCGCCAGCGCAGCCCGUGGCUUCACCAUCCCAGGUUGCCAGGGGUGCUCCGGAGUCCUCUGCGGAGGCGGCGGAGGCCAAGCCUACAGAGGCGAUCGGCUUGGCGCAGGGCAUUUUCAUGGAUCCGGCGCAGUGGGCCCUUGGGGCGGCAUAUCUGGUUAAUUACGUGGUUCGGCAAGGAUUGGCAGUCUGGGGCAUGUUCUUCCUGAUGGAGGGCGGGGUAUCGUCAGCCGCCAAGGCUGCGGCGCUGUUCUCUGGCUUCGAACUGGGCGGCUUCCUCGGUAAUCUGACAGCGGGCGCUCUGUCCGACGUGUUCCUGCGACGCGCCAAGCCUGGGCAGGGACUCCCUGGCCAGCGAGCCAAGGUGGUGAACAUCUACUUUCUGGCGAUGCUUCUCCUCCUGCCGCUGCUGGCAAGGUGCCCGCCCACCCUGCCGACGCUCCAGUACCUGCUGCUGCUGGCCCUGGGGCACUUCAUCUGUGGGGCCCAGCUGCUGCUGCCCCUGGUGGCUGCGGAGCGGGCGCCGCAGAGGUGGCUGUCCACGGCGACGGGGUUCAUCGGCUGGGUGGGCUACUUCGGAGCAGCGCUGGCGGGCCUGCCGCUCUCCUUCGUGGUGCAGCGGCUGGGCUGGGGCGCCUACUUCGGCGUGCUGGGGGCCGCCGCGGCCCUGGGCACCGCGCUGAUGGUGCCGCUGUGCGGGCUGCGGAGCUGGAAGCAGCGCUUCGGCGCACCCGGGGCAGGGGCGGAGAGCUGA